AUGCUUGGUUAUAGCAGCUUCUGGCUCGGCCUCGUCGUAGCUUCAACAUCUGCUCAGAACAUCCCAGAGGUGCCAGCAUUAGCGACGACGACAGCGACAGCGACCGCGAUCGCACCAUAUUAUCCGGCAUACAUUCCACCUGCCUCGGUCAUCUUCAAACGCGACGACUCAUGUCCCGCCAACACAUUUCGAUGCUCUGAGGAGCUUGGCGAGCGAUUUCGCGACAUCUGCUGCCAAAACGGCCAAACAUGUGCCGUUGACGCAGAUGAUGAACCGGCGUGCUGUCCCUCAGGCGCGAUAUGUACAGGUACAGCCCCAGCCACGGCAACUGGUGAAGCAACAGCCUCAGCAUCAUACGUUCCGAACUCGUAUUUCGCCUUCCCCUACGCUGCAACGACCUUUUCGAACGAAGCUGCUUGUACAUCGGCUGUUGACGCUUGCGAGGAGAAUUACGAUCAAUGUGUCAACUUCCUGGGAGAUGGCGGUCAAUAUGGCGUUACCAUUAUUGUGCCAGGCGGAGGGGGCACUACAGUUGAGGGUGGUGGACAGGCUCUGGGCUCCUCGUCAGCAACCGCAGUCUGUUCUAGUUUGAGCUCUCGUGCCUGCGGUAGCGUGAACGAAGAUAAGUGCUCGGACUAUGGAAACGAUGCUUCGUCUUCCAACGCCCUUGGCUUGUGGCUGGUGGGUCUCAGCGCAGGCGUUGUGAUGCUCAACGCUCUUGUGUAG